CCAUUUCAGCCUCCCGAUCAGUUGGUCCCGGACUCGUUGUCCAGCCCAACGCUUGGUCUCUACGAGACGAAUGGAGCUCCGGACGUUUUGGCCGAUGUCGAUCUGCAGAAGAUCAGUCGAGACGUCGAGUCCGUCUCGAUACGUCGAGAAGCCUGGCGGUUCGAAAAGUUGGUUGCAGAGUUGUACUCUCAUCUGGCGGAACUCAGACUCGCCGAUGUAGGUGACCCUUUUGUAAUGUCACCAAGUCUUCCCUCCAAGUGGUAUCCCAACCCAGCCAUCAUUGCAUCGCCUCCCGCUUGUUCCACAAAACAGGCUUUUCUAAUUGACACAUUGUUUUCGAGAGGUUCUGCAUUUCUUAACUAA